GCUACGUUUAAAGCUUCUACUAUACAAAAUAGCUUUAAAGGUGCCGGUCUAGUACCUCUAGAUGCUAAUUAGGUAUUAGAGAAGCUUUGUAACGGGCUAGGCCCUGCUGGACAAGGCAGUGCCUUGUCCUCUUGAUGGUCUGAGCGCCGUUGCGCGGGUGACGACUUGUUUUGUUGGACUAUUUUCUUUGCUCUCAUCUUUCUUUCUUUCCUUUUUCCUCAGCUCGAAUGUAAAACGCAUGAGGACUAUAUAGCUGUAAUUCACACUAUUAGAACCCUUCACAUACAUUCGAGCUCCCCACACAUUGAGUUCGCUUUCGGAAGUUCGAAAGAUGGAGAACACCUCCACAGACCAAGCCAACAUGGAGCAAUCGCUCACAGACAGUUUAGAAGCAAUUCUCAAACAGUUGCUCGAAGGUCAGAAGCGUCAAGAGAAGAUACAGGAGCAGCAAGCUCUCCAGAUCGGAGCACUACAGGCAGCAGCCAGAGAAACCGCCACGACACCACUAUCGACACCCCAGCCGCCGACAGCAUUGACCCCUGCGCAGAGUGAGCUAGCAACAGAAGUCACGCCGCUUGCCACAGUAGCGAACGUUGUGGCCCAGCAGCGCCCACGUCGCCGUCCGAAGGAUCCUAAGCCCUUCAGUGGCAAGAAAUCCGAGUUGAAAUCUUUUAGAUUGGAAGCAGAAAACGUCCUCGCAACGGACGAAGAAGCCAUUGGAGACGCAACAGACCAGUUGCGUACCGUCUAUUCCUGGCUAGAGGGAAAACCGAAGAGCUCCGCCACCAGUUAUGUCAGCGCAAGUAUGCAGAGGGGAAUUGAUAGCCGUACGUACAGCUCUGAAAGUUGGUUCCCGUAUGUUUGAACCGGAAGCCUCCUUCCCUCCAGAUGAUCUCGGUUAAAUCUCGCAUCGCCAGAUUCAUCUCCGAUCUGGGAAACAUGUCGCUACCGUAGGCUCUUCCCUGUUCGGGAGCGUGGAAAGGUCCAAAAUGGACAGGCAAAGCAUCGAGAUGAAAGGUGAACGUCUCGUCCAGGAUCUCAUGCUGGUCUGGUUGAUUCCAAUUUUGGAGACGCAAAAUAAAAUCUCCCCAAUCAUCCACGUCGAGAGGGCGUUUCUUCGUGUGACGCUUGCAAGUCUUGUUACGCUUCCCUUGCUUGUUGAAUCCGAACUCGUCUAGAGCACAAGGUCUUCUGCACUUGCUACAGAAGAUAGUAUGAGGAGGGCCAUGAGAAUCCAUUGGUGAAUAAGUGGAGCAACGUGACGCAAGCAGGAAAUUGGUGAAGUAGUAUAUUGUAUGGACGCGGG